AAACCUCGCAUGUCUCAUUGAUAGGAGUGUGUUUACUGGGAUUCUUCCCCUUGUUUUUCUCUCAAUUCGCGAGGUUUUAAGUGAUUUCUUCCUUCAAUGGUGUGUACCUGCGUCAUUCAGGGCUGCGGGAAAAGACCUGAGCCGUACGUGAGAAACUUGCAUGGAUUCCCGAAUAACUUGGAGACAAUAAAAGCCUGGAAUGACUUCGUGAGGAGGACCAAACCGACUUGGAAUGGCAACACUCCUUCAUCGAGGGUCUGUAGCGAGCAUUUCCAGCCAGAUUCCUAUAAAAACCACAUGGCCUGGUCGAUGAAAUGGGUUAGGACGCUGGAUCUGAAAGACGACUUUCAGGUCCCCACAAUAUAUCCUGCAGCGGUUAAGAAAAGUCCUGUAUUACUUGCCAAGGAUGACCGUAAAGCAGGCAGAAACAUCAGCCCGAUCCCACCGGGUAGUUCCACCAUGCUCGCAUCAGUAGAAAUAAAAAAAGAGGAGGAGGAAUCACCCUGCUCAGGAGCCACAAUGCCACCUCCUAUUCAGGAAUGUCAUGUAAAGACCGAGUACCAGAUGAUGUACUUUGUAAGACAUGUGGCGUCCCAGACCGACCCUCCGUCCAUUUCCCCAAACACACGAUCAGUCGGCACACAGGUGACCAGGAUACCCCGACAAAUUAAAGUUCAAACUACAGGCUCGCAGGUGAUAUUUAAUAGUCAACAUCGUAUUAUCUGCUCAGACCCCUUAAAGUCACCACUGCUACUCCUACAACCAACUCUGGUAAAAAGACCAUCCAAGAGACUUCGACUUGGACUGGAAUAUGAGGAGGAAGCAGUUCAGGACAAGACCAGUUCAACGUGAACCUGUGGACCGUUCUGGUGCAGCAGUCAUACCUCUUGGACCAGAGAACAAAAAAAGCACAUCUCCAUGUAGCUUUUGUCUUUGGUGCGGGGAAAAUAUUUAUCUAGCACCUUGUCAAAAAUGACAUAAUACUAAGUUUUAUGUCACCACUAGAAACUGCGAUGCUUGCUGGGAUAGAAAGCUCAGUUCUAUGUCAAUAUCUCUUAGCAAUCUGCAUUGAAGAAUUACCUUCAUUUCUUGUUAUAAAUGUGCGUACACCUCAAAACAAAACCUCCCUUCUUUUAGGGUUUUUUUUCCCCCCAAUUGGUUGGAAACUGACCGUAGCAACAUUAAUAGCCCUCUCUUUGUUGAGAGCAACGCCAAAGACACUAUGUUCAAAUAGAAAAACUUAGCAGAUUUGAAUAAAAGGAUAGCUGCCCAUGCUGAGGGGUCUAAAUCACCCAGUUGAUUGUAAUGACAUUCUUUCAUCUUUUCUCAGUGAAAUAGUCAUACUUUUCCUUGUCAAACUUCAAGAAAUGGCUCAUUUUCCAGUAUUUUAAU